CGUUUAAGAGACAGCCUGCCCGCUGGACGCCCAUUGGACCAGCAAUUGGGCUGAAAAGCUGCGGACCGAAGGCGUGCACCCGCAUCACAUGACAGGAGCGCGGACGGCGCGGCGCCCCAUCCCUGCGAAAGAUAUCUGAGACCAUACAGGACAAAGACGCCAACAUCCUGGAACGUUAUGAGGGAGAGUUUGCACAAAAGUUCACAUGAUCUGGGGACACACUCCCUGGAAUUUCAAAUUCCUCCUCUCCUACUCACUGUUUAUGUAUGACGGGGGCAGUUUUGCAUUAUUUUCUAAAAUUCUUUGUAUACUGCACAUUCCAUAUGAGCCCCCAUGUCUACCAAUAGGAAACAAGCUGGUGUUUGGCUCAGUGGGUUCGGAUACUGUGCCCAUCAUUAUAGGGUUGUUGGUUCAAAUCCCAUAUUUGAUGGAGUGCCAUCACCAGUGGACCCUUGAACAAGGCCCUUAACUCCUGUUGCCCCAGGGACUGUCUGACCCUUUUCAGUUGUAUCUUGCUUUGAUCAAAAAUGUCUGCUACACAAAUAAAUGUAAAUGAAAGCACAUACAGUGGGCGUUUAACCACAUGGUAGAUGGGCUAUUGUGUAAGGAAAUCACAGCAGAGUUCACUGUGUGAUUAUCCCAACAGAAGAUAGAGUCCACGAUGUGUCAGCCUCCACAGUAAGACAGUCUGCCAUGUCAUUAAAUCCACACAUACAGACACCACAUGAAAGAUAACUCAUAGUUUAAACCCACAGCAAACCAGCUCAUCGAUAAAGUCUCUUUUCCUAGAAUGUUCUUUUUGACUCAUUAUGGUAUAUGCUGUUUAAAUACUAUCUGAGCAUCAAAGCACAAAACUCCUUUGGGAUGCUUGGGUGUGCUAAGGGGAUCUUACACAUGCUGGGAAAAGUCUCUGCAGAUCUGAAAUCCACUAUGUAGGGCACACGCCUGCAAGCUCCUCCCUUUCCAGUCAAGCAUCUUCUGCAGGAGAGCAGAAUCAUGCCGCUGGUUCCCACACACUACAUGUUCUUUGGAUCCCAUGCUCUCCACCCUAUGUGCCUCCAUGUUUCUGUGGCCUACAAGAUGUGACGUGUAUAAUCCUGAAAUGUAAUUGGAUGAGUCUUGCAUGACUAUUUAAAUCUAUCCCCAUUAUCCUAAUUGUUUCUAAGCCACUGGCUGUCUAGGUGUGACGGAUAAAUGUGAGUGUUAACAUCCUGAAGCAGGUCAGUGGCAUUAAAACUCUCCUGUGUGGAGUAAUAUCACCUCAGAGUGAUUUCGAAGGCCUCGACUCAUCAGCUUAAUCAUCACGAUGGUGGACAAGGACACGGUGGAGAAGUUUCUGGAUAGCAACCCUGCUUUCGCGAAGAGCUACUACGACUCCAGGUUCCGGCCGCAGGUCAUCGCUGACCUGCUAGGAGACAGAGCCCCGGUGCUGGACCGCGGCAGCUUCCGCGACUUGACCAGUGUGGAAGAGAGUGAGAUCAUAUUUGACCUGGUGCGGGACCUGCAGGAAAACCUGCAGAUGGAGAGGGCCAUCUUCAACCUCAUGCGACACCUCAGCCACCUGCUACACGCAGACCGCAUGAGCCUGUUCAUGUACCGGCAGCGCAACGGCACAGCCGAACUGGCCACACGCCUCUUUGGUGUGCACAAGGACGCCACCCUGGAUGACUGCCUGGUGCACCCAGACUGUGAGAUCGUCUACCCGCUGGACACCGGCAUCGUGGGCCACGUGGCUGCCACCAAGAAAACGGUCAACGUUCCAGAUGUCACCCAGGACAGCCAUUUCAGUGACUUUGUGGAUACCCUCACGGAGUACGAGACCAAGAAUAUCCUGGCCACGCCCAUCCUGAACGGCAAAGACAUGGUGGCCGUCAUGAUGGCAGUGAACAAGGUGGAUGCUCCCCGCUUCACCAAGAAGGAUGAGGAGACCCUGAUGAAAUAUUUAGACUUUGCCAACCUGGUGCUGAGGGUGUUUCAUCUGAACUACCUGCACAACUGUGAAACCCGGAGGGGCCAGGUUUUGCUGUGGUCGGCCAGCAAGGUCUUUGAGGAACUGACUGACAUCGAAAGGCAGUUCCACAAGGCGCUGUACACGGUCAGGGCGUUCCUGAACUGCGACCGCUACUCCGUGGGCCUCCUGGACAUGACUAAGGCCAAGGAAUUCUUUGACCUGUGGCCCAUCCUGAUGGGGGAGGUGGCCCCUUACGACGGCCCUAAGACCCCGGAUGGCAGGGAAAUCAACUUCUACAAGGUGAUCGAUUACAUUCUACAUGGAAAGGAAGACAUCAAAGUCAUCCCAAACCCACCAGCAGACCACUGGGCCCUGGUCAGCGGUCUGCCCACCUAUGUGGCAGAGACUGGCCUGAUCUGCAACAUAAUGAAUGCAGCGCAGGAUGAAUUCUUCGAGUUCCAAAAAGAACCCCUGGAUACUUCUGGCUGGACAAUAAAGAAUGUGCUCUCUAUGCCCAUCGUCAACAAGAAAGAGGAGAUUGUGGGCGUGGCCACCUUCUACAACAGGAAGGAUGGGAAACCUUUCGACGAAAUGGACGAAACUCUCAUGGAGUCACUCACCCAGUUCCUGGGGUGGUCAGUGCUGAACACAGACACCUACGACAAGAUGAACAAGCUGGAGAACCGCAAGGACAUCUUUCAGAACAUGGUGCUUUAUCAUGUCAAAUGCAGAAAGGACGAGAUCCAGAACAUCCUGAACACCAGAGAGGUGUAUGAUAAGGAGCCCUGUGACUGCGAUGAGGAUGAACUUGAGGAUAUCCUGUUAGAAGCACUUCCAGAUUCGGAGGAGUCCGAGAUCUUCGAGUUCCACUUCUGUGAUUUUGAGCACAGCGAGCUGGACUUGGUCAUGUGCGGCAUCAAGAUGUACUAUGAGCUUGGAGUGGUGGACAAGUUCCAUAUCCCACGGGAGGUACUGGUGAGAUUCAUGUACUCCCUCAGUAAGGGGUACAGGAAGAUCACCUACCACAACUGGAGACAUGGAUUCAAUGUGGGUCAGACCAUGUUCACAUUGCUCAUGACUGGCGACCUGAAGCGCUACUAUACCGACCUGGAGGCCAUGGCCAUGGUAACUGCCGGCUUCUGCCACGACAUCGACCACAGAGGGACCAACAAUCUCUACCAGAUGAAAUCAGGGAACCCAUUGGCUAAACUCCACGGCUCCUCCAUCUUAGAGAGGCACCACCUUGAAUUUGGGAAGACAUUACUGAGAGAUGAUGACUUGAACAUCUACCAGAACCUGAACCGGCGGCAGCACGAUCACGUCAUCCAUCUUAUGGACAUCGCCAUCAUCGCCACGGACCUGGCCCUGUAUUUUAAGAAAAGAGCAAUGUUCCAGAAGAUAGUGGACCAGUCUAAGACCUUUGAUGACUGGGAUGCUUGGACCAAGUACAUGAUGCUAGAGACAACAAAGAAGGAGAUAAUAAUGGCGAUGAUGAUGACAGCCUGUGACUUAUCAGCCAUCGCCAAACCAUGGGAGAUACAAAGCAAGGUGGCGCUCUCAGUGGCAGCGGAGUUCUGGGAGCAGGGUGACCUGGAGAGGACUGUGCUGGAGCAGCAGCCCAUUCCAAUGAUGGACAGGAACAAGGCCGACGACCUGCCCAAGCUCCAGUGUGGCUUCAUUGACUUCGUCUGCUCUUUCGUGUACAAGGAGUUCUCCCGUUUCCAUGUGGAGAUCACGCCCAUGCUGGAGCGGCUACUGAACAACCGGAAAGAGUGGAACGCCCUGAAGGAGGAGCACGAAGCCAAACUGGCCAAGUUAGAGGAGGAGAAGAAGCAGAAGGAGGAGGCCGCAGCAACCACAGCUACAGCCAAACAAGCAGCAAGUGCACCUCAGGGCCAGCAGUCCAAGACAUGUAUCAUCAGCUGAAGCCCCCAGUGGAUCUGGGUGGGCCCUCUGCCCCCCCACCCUGGAAACCAUACACCAACUAGAUUGAUGGGAGGCCUACACUGAACCAUUGGAUUAUUGGGGGACAUGGAGAGCCAUGCAUUCAGUCUGUAGCAGCUUUUGGUUAGUACUGAGGGUGUCACCUCAUGGCAUUUAGUACGGUGUCUUCUGGCACUGAAGUGAAGGCUCAUCUUUUAUAGGUGGAGCUCUCAAAGAAAUCAGCGCAGCUUAUUUUCAUUAUUUAGGGAUCUAGUGUUAUAAUUACUGCACAGAUUCAUCCAGUUUCUGUUGGGAGCCUAUCCCGGAAGCUACAGGCAGCAAGGCAGGGAAUAACCCAGGACAGGGCGCCAACCCAUCGCAGGGCGCACUCGCACACCAUUCACACCUAUGAACACUUUGGCAACUUCAUUGCAUCUAAGCAUGUUUUUGGACCGUGGGAGGAAACCAGAGUACCUGGAGGAAACUCCAUAAAGAGACAAAGAAAAGAGGCAAAUUCCACAGAUGUGGAGACUCAAACCCAGGUCUGAGGUGUGAUGUAACAGCGUAAAUCACUGCACCACUGUGCCCAGUGCCAGUGCAAACAAACCAAAUUACAAAUGCUAUUCCAGACAGCAUCUGGCUGAUAAUGGGUCAGAUUCUGGAUAAAAUGGCCCGAAUUCGCGUCUGUCUGCAUACAUGUGGAAGUGAACGUCAGUCAGCAGCCACGGCUGCUAGCAGACACGCUCCACGGUGCGAAGCAGCGCAAGGGCAGCAAAAACCGUGGCUGACAGUGCCAUUUUCACGCCGCUUGUCUGCACGCCCUGAUUUUGGAAAGAAAUCAGCUCUGUGGUCCCAGUAGUUUUGGUCAGAUGAGGCCACGCCCCUUUAAAUCUAGCCAAUCAGACGCACCCAGUCAGGUUGGGGGAGGGAGGAGGAAAUGAGGGGUCAGGGCAGGCAGACGGCACCUGAGGGCGCUGUGCCGUGCAGCUGCAAUCCGAGCCAUUUGCUUUAGGGGUGUUUGACAGCGGCGGCUGCAUCUGAGACCACCAGUGCGGAAAAUUGCCGCCAGUUCCUGUGGGGAACGCCGUUAACCAGAGUGAAUGAAAUCUUAAUCACCACAUCUGCUACCCGGCUCGGCAGAUUCGCAGAUCGGGACUCCAGAUGACACACUCCGCAGUCAGCUGACACCUCCGUCUGCAGACAGCAGGACGACUCUGUACCAUGCAGUGUCACAUGUUCAGAACGCCGCUAUCCAAUUGAAAUGCAGCGUUUAUACCAUCAGUAGCCCAACACUCUCAGGCAGGCUGGGAUAGAGCAGGAGCCGUGUUUGGUGUGGAAAUAAAAACAGAUCAUGAGUGACUGAGUGUUUAUGGCAUUUUAAUGGGUUUGGGAAGGGGCAAGAGGGGCGUUCCUCGGUGGGGUUUGCCCAUGGAUUUGACGGACCUCAGUAAUGUGGUUAUAAAGUCUCACCAAAUACACACUCAGAGACUAGUGACAGACUACAGACCGC